GGGGGGAGGGGCGCGCCCGCCAGAGCAUCGGGGAGAAGGAGGAGGGUCGUGGGGCGAAGAGACUCGAGCGCCAUGGAGGAGCGGGGCGAGCCGCAGUCGCCGCCGGCCACCUGUUCCUUCCUCUGACUGACUGCCCUGCAAAUUCUUCUGCUCCGUUAUGUUGUUGACCCAUGUGUUUCUUCGCAGUACGGUCGGAGAUAUAAAAGGAUAGGAUGAGCCAGGGUGACUCAAACCCAGCAGCAAUUCCACAUGCAGCUGAAGAUGUUCAGGGAGAUGACAGGUGGAUGUCACAGCAUAACCGUUUUGUGUUGGACUGCAAGGACAAGGAACCUGAUGUGCUGUUUGUGGGGGAUUCCAUGGUUCAGCUGCUACAGCAAUAUGAGAUAUGGCGAGAACUCUUUUCACCUUUACACGCACUGAAUUUUGGGAUUGGAGGGGACACAACGGGGCAAGUUUUGUGGAGACUGAAGAAUGGUGAACUGGAGAAUAUUAAACCCAAGGUCAUUGUUGUUUGGGUUGGAACAAAUAACCAUGAAAACACAGCAGAGGAAGUAGCUGGUGGAAUAGAGGCCAUUGUAAGGCUCAUCAAUACGCGGCAGCCUCAGGCCAAGAUAAUCGUGCUGGGCCUGCUCCCUCGUGGUGAGAAGCCAAACUUGCUGCGGCAGAAGAACAACAAGGUGAACCAGCUCCUGAAGACCUCACUGCCCAAACUCUCCAAUGUCCAGCUGCUGGACGUGGAUGCCGGCUUUGUGCACUCAGAUGGCACCAUCUCCUGCCACGACAUGUUUGAUUUUCUGCACCUAUCGGGUGCCGGCUACGCCAAGAUCUGCAAACCCCUCCAUGAACUGAUCAUGCAGCUGCUGGAGGAGACCCCCGAAGAGAAGCAGGCGACUUUGGCCUGAUCCCAGCCGUGUCCGUGGCACCCCAGCUCCAUCAGCGCAGUUCUUUUUAUCCUGGCACUACAGAAUCCUUACUCAAAGUGCUUUCCAUUGUUGAAUGUUACUGGGUGUUGUGUUUAGCAUUGGAAAGGAAAGGGGACUGGGGCGGUGGCUGGGAUGGCAGCACAUGGGUCAGCUCAGUCAGUCAGAGCCACCUGCAGAGGGUGGUUUAAAUUGACCGAAGAAGGAUGAUACUUUAAAGUCAUUUCUUGUUUACAGUGUGAACGUUCCUGUCACCUGUUCGUUGCUCAUGUUCUGCUGUCACUCUGCCAGCUUCCUCGCCUUAGUGUCCUGCCAGGCUUAUUAUUCCAAUAGCCCCUAAAUGUCUGAGCUCAUUAGCUGCACUCACAUUCCACUUCCUGAACUGAAAGUAGUCUGCUUCUUUAAAAGUUGGAAUUGUUUGGAGAGUUUUUAUACUUAACUGGGGUUGGGUUUUUUGUUUUAAGUGAUCUUAGCUGCUUUUCUGGCUUUGGCAACAACAGAAAGCAGGAUAAAGCUACAUCAGGCAACUUCAGACGUGUGAAAAAUUAAUUGUCAAGUGAGUGAACUCAUUUAACUCAGCCUGUUUUCAUUUCUUGCUUGAUGGAUGUCAUUCUGUUGCUGGGAAGAGGGGACUGCCCAAUUUCUGCAUCCUGGUAGAACCAUUUGUUCUCUCUUCUCUCUCCCCUUCCCCCUUUUGUGUGCUUUGAUUCAACAUUCCCAUCUCUUAAAAGGCCCAGUGGCCUUGGAGCCUGGUCAGUGGCCGGACGUACCCACCAAUAUAAACUGACAUUUCUUCCCGCUGUUCCAUAUUGUGCUUCAGAAUGCUUUGCAGAGCUGCUUGUGUUCAUUUUUAAAAGAAAGAGCAAAAAGGAAGUGACUGUUACUUUUCCUACCCUCUUAAUGUCAUAAUCCUUGCUCAUUUCCCUUCUCUCAAGGCCUGCAGCAGGCUGAAGCUUUACAAGGCCCCAAGGUUGUGUUUCUUGGUUGGGUCUGUCUUGUACAAGCAUUUUAUUCAACCAGAUGAGGCCUCUGACAGCGAGGGACAUAAUUGAGCUAUAGCCGUUACCUCUCUUGAGUAGGAAAGGGUCCAGUGUGGAAAGCAUGUUUCUGGGGAUUCCUGUAUAGAGAUUACCAGGGAUAUAAAGCCUUAAUUCAUGUCUACAUGGAUGGGAGAGAUUUUCCCACGAAGGGAAAACCUCUUUCAGAUUUCUGGUUUUAGGAAUCUGAAAAAAGCAAGUUUUUUUUAUAAAAAAACAAAUACGCUUCCAUCUAUGGUCUGCUUUUACCUGAGCUAGUUCAGAAACAUCAGCUAUUUAAACGUAGCCAGUUGUGCAUAGUUCUAACAUGUUAUUCUGCCCUCCCCCAAAGUCUUGUGCAUGAGACUUUAGUGGCUCUUUUUGUCGUGGAAAUGCUUUUUCAUAUCAGAAGGUUCUUGGGAGCAAGUUCACUUUCUGAACACGCUCACUUGAUGUCUUCCAAGUAGGCCUUUAUCCUAGCAUUUAUCCUCCCUCCCCUCACCCUAUUACCUUGCUCCUGUAGACUUCCUCCAGCACAGGUGGGAAAAUGCAAAAAGCACAGAGCCCCUACUGCACAAAAGAAUGGUGGGGGAACAGCGUGUGCUGGAAUCCUGAACUGGGGAUGGCCAUGGUUGAGCUGGCCAUACACUGCUGGGGCUUUGCUGCUUACCCUUUUGUGGAAAAGGUAGCACUGGCCUAACUCUUCCUGAAAUACCUCUCUGGUGUUCCUUCCAUGCUAGUGAAACAGCUGCUUGUGGUCCAAAUGCUCCUUUUGGAAGAUGUUCCUCCUCUUCACAGACCCUGGCCCUGAACUAGCUGCUUCUCUGGGGUCUGUCUCAAUUGCUUUUUGCCAUUUCCCCUGCCUGCUGCCCUGGAUCCGACCUAAAGGCAGGUCAGUAUCUUCCUGUCUGUCCUGUCACAAAGAGAAGCUUCUCAUUAACAAGACUGGAGAAUGUUGUAGGUCCCGCCCCACCCCUUAUUUGAACCCUGUUGCAUCUGCAAGUGCUGACAUGUAUCCUGCUUCUCUGUGUUCCCAAACAAGAUCCUAAUAUUGGGAUGUGCUUGGCUGCCCAGUGCUCCUGGUAACCCAGGAAUACAUCUUGUGCAUCAUAUACUGCCCCGCCUUGAGCUUUUACAUGGCUUUUCCCUCUAAUCUCAUUGCUGUUUACAGUUGUAUGCUGCCGCCCAGAAUCUCAUCUGAGCAGUGGUAUAUGAACAUUGCUAGUUUUAUAUUUAUUGCAGCAAAGAAAAAGUGUGAAAGAAGGUUAAGGAAUGUUGUCUUUCUCUCGUCGUGUGUGUGUGUGUGUGUGUGUGUGUGUGUGUGACUGUAACAAAGGGACCCUGUGCCCAUAGGAGAGAAGUGUGGUUCUGGCAGCAUGCUGGCUCAAGAGUGUGGAAACGCCUUGGAGCCUGACCUUUUGCUGCUGAGAGUUUGGGAGGGUGCUUUCUCCCCUCUUUUUUUUUUUUUUUACUGGUAGCCAACUGAACUUUCCACCCCCACCACCAAAAAAAGUGAUGAUAAUUGCUUUGGCAAAAUGGCAUUGAUGACUGGUAGAGCUCACUGUUUAGUGCAUAUUUCAAUAUAAAUGUAUAUGUUUCACCAAUUA